AAUAAACACUAACCAUAUUUAAACUUAUCUUUUCAAAAACACAUCAUCAAAUAUAAUAACAUUAAAAAAAAUGGGUAAUAUGCAUACAGUCUAUGCUCCUUUGGCAAUACCUUUCAAGCCUACGUCCGAAUGGAGAAAAGAGGAAGAUUAUGACACUCUUCUUGUGUAUCUUCCUAGUUUCUACAUGACUGAGGCUACGACUAAUGAAGACUUGAACAUUGUUAAAGUUCGUGGAGAAGGUUGGCAUGACGGAAACGUUAGAGUGGUUAAUGAAGAUUAUAGAGUUCCUGAAAACUGUGAAAUGAGAGGUAUUUGUUAUUCUGGCGGAAUUCUAAAAAUUACAAUGUCUAGAAGAAAGAUGGUCGACACACCACAAAUUCCCCCUAAAACGGAUGAACAAGCUUUCAAAGCAACAAAGCAAGAAGAACCUUUAGUGGACAACGCUUUAACACUGCAACAAAUGCCAAUGACGUCUUCAUAUUCACCAAUCAAACAAGAACCAUUGAAAACCAGUACUCUAGAAGAAAAAGAAGUAUAUGGAGAAUCUGCAUUUGGAUCAAAUGUUCCUAAGAAAGACACGCAUAAUGUUGCUGAAAAACCAUGGUUGGAUGCAGGAGAGGGAAUGCACGCAUUACUUGAGAAUAUGAGCAAAAAUAACUUCAAGGAUGGAGGAUUAAUAUUGGGACAAAGAAAUGAUGGACGUGACGGUUUUCAGGGUGACAAAAUACUGGAGGAGAAUUAUGAAAAGGUACUGACGAAUGAAGAUAGGAAGCUGUUGCUGGUGAAUGUUGGUGUGGGUGUUCUUGUGAUUGUGGCACUUGGGGUUCAUUUGUCCUACACCACUGGUUUCAUUGGCAAAGGGAAGUAAGUAAGUAUACCCAAUGAAUCCAUGGCUUAAUUAAUUACAUGAUUUGGGUGUGUAACUGUGUAUAUAUGCAUGUGUUAAAUUUGGUAUUGUUUAAAUAGAUUUCCCUUGAACUAAUCAUGUACGUACUUUGUACUUAUUUGGGGGUGUAUUUCCUAUCGAUCAUAAGCAUAUAUACUUCGGGG